GAAGUCGGUCGCGUUCAACGCGUUUUGAUUGUGUACAUGCGUAACCGCGGUCUAUCAGCGGUUCGACUCAUAAGGAACUAGAAAAUAGAGUAGAGAUGGCCACCACCACCACAGAGAAAGAAACGCCCGCUAAGAAGGCUGCAGCGCCUUCGGUGUCCCAGAUAAAUGCAGAAUAUGUCACACAGUUGGCGAAUAAAUACUGGGCUCCUCAUGCAAAGAACAAACUGCCUUUUGACCCUAAGGUGAUGGAAGAUAUUUAUGACAAAGAAAUCCUCAAGUCCAAAUUUGCCAUCAGAAAAAUCAUGUUACUGGAGUUCAGCCAGUACCUUGAGAACUACCUGUGGGUGAACUACACUCCUGAGGUGUCCAGCAACGCCUACCUCAUGUCCAUUUGUUGCAUCGUCAAUGAAAAGUUCAGAGAGAAUGUUCCAGCAUGGGAGGUGUUUAAGAAGGAGCCCAGCCACUUUCCAUUCUUCUUCAAAUGUGUGAUGGAGGCUGUAUUGGCAGGUGAGGACGCAGGUCUGACUCUGAAGGAACAAACCGUGCUGCUGGUUUUCCUUGACCACUGUUUCAACAGUCUGGAGGUGGAUUUGAUCAGAGAGCAGGUGCAGCAGCUCAUCUCUCUUCCAAUGUGGAUGUGCCUCCUACCAUCCAGACUCCAACACGAGCUGAAGAAAGUCCCAAAACUGCAGAAAUUCUGGAAUCUAAUCAAGAAGAAAUUUGAUAAGAUGGAUGCUGACGCUGCUGAACAGGCGAAAAAAGAGAGGACUUUCCUCUCAGCUCUCAUUAAAAAGUUUCUUGGAGUUCUCACGUCGAUUCCGCCAUCAGGGCAGGUUUUAAUGGACAAAGUCCACUACUGCGAGAGGUUCAUUGAGCUCAUGAUUGAUCUGGAGGCCCUGCUGCCAACCAGGCGUUGGUUCAACACAGUCUUAGACAACUCUCAUCUGGUGGUCAGCUGCCACCUGUCCAGCCUCACCCAGAGGGAGAAAGAGGGACACCUCUUCUGUCAGUUGCUGGACAUGCUGAAGUUCUACACAGGCUUUGAGAUCAAUGAUCAGACGGGAAAUGCACUGACGGAGAAAGAGAUGACGACUCUGCACUAUGACAGAAUCACCUCCCUGCAGAGGGCGGCUUUUGCUCAUUUCCCAGAACUCCAAGACUUUGCCUUGUCCAAUGUAGCAGCAGUAGACACUCGGGACUCCCUGACCAAACAUUUUGGCCAUCUCAGUCCCAAUACGCUCCACCGGGUGGCCUCAUACUUGUGUCUGCUGCCAGAGCUGCCUGAAGGCGAAGACACCACCUAUGAGAAGGUGGUUCUCCUUGAACUGCUUGUGUCCCGCCAUGAGCGCAGAAUCUCUCAGAUUGAGCAACUUAACCAGAUGCCUCUUUAUCCAACGGAGAAGAUAAUCUGGGAUGAGAACAUCGUCCCGACGGAGUACUACUCAGGGGAAGGCUGCCUUGCGCUUCCCAAGCUCAAUCUCCAGUUCCUGACCCUCCACGACUAUCUGUUGAGGAACUUCAACCUCUUUCGUCUGGAGUCCACCUAUGAGAUCAGACAGGACAUAGAAGAUGUGGUGUGGCGUAUGAAACCAUGGCAAUCCGAGUACGGCGGCGUAGUGUUCGGGGGCUGGGCCAGGAUGGCUCAGACCAUCACCUCUUUUUCCAUCGUGGAGGUUGCCAAGCCAAACAUUGGAGAGAGCUGGCCUGCUCGUGUGCGGGCUGAUGUCACUGUUAACCUCAAUGUUCAAGAUCAUAUCAAGAAUGAGUGGGAAGGGCUUCGGAAGCACGACGUUUGCUUUCUGAUCACGGUGCGGCCCAACCUGCCCUACGGCACACGCUUUGACCGCCGCCAGCCUUUUGAGGAGCAGACUGGCCUGGUGUAUGUGCGAGGUUGCGAGGUGCAGGGUAUGCUGGAUGACAAGGGACGUGUCAUUGAAGAAGGACCUGAGCCUAGGCCUAAGCUGCGAGGAGACGCCAGAACCUUCCGGGUGUGGCUUGACCCGAACCAGUAUCAACAGGACAUGACGAGCAGCAUACAGAACGGCAUUGAGGACCCAUAUGAGACUUUCAACAUCAUCAUGAGACGCAAACCCAAGGAGAACAAUUUCAAGGCAGUGCUAGAGACCAUCAGGCACCUGAUGAACACAGAGUGUGUGGUACCAGACUGGCUUCAUGACAUUAUCCUUGGUUAUGGGGAUCCAGGCAGUGCCCACUACUCCAAAAUGCCAAACCAGAUCUCCACUUUGGACUUCAAUGACACCUUUCUGUCCCUGGACCACUUACGGUCAUGCUUUCCUGGUUAUGCCAUAAAAGUCACAGAGGAGAACCCUGAACUGCAGGUUUCCCCUUUCAGAAUCAAGUUUCCCAUCUCAAACAAAACAGAAAAGGGGAAAAAGCGAAAGGUUGAUGAAGAAGUGAAAGAGAAAGAGGAAGACAAGACCCUGAUCGUUGAGCCCUAUGUCACCCCAAACCGUGGACCAUACCCCUACAACCAGCCCAAGCGGAACACCAUUCAGUUCACUCCUACUCAGAUUGAAGCCAUUCGAGCAGGGAUGCAGCCAGGACUCACCAUGGUUGUUGGACCACCAGGCACUGGAAAGACAGAUGUCGCUGUUCAGAUCAUCUCAAACCUCUAUCACAACUUUCCAGAGCAGAGGACCCUCAUUGUGACGCACUCAAACCAGGCUCUGAACCAGCUGUUUGAAAAGAUCAUGGCUUUGGACAUCGACGAGCGCCACCUCCUGCGUCUUGGCCACGGAGAAGAGGAGCUGGAGACAGAGAAGGAUUUUAGCAGAUAUGGCCGAGUGAAUUAUGUCCUAGCCAGAAGACUGGAGCUCCUCAGGGAGGUUGGAAGGCUACAGGAGAGCUUGGACGUUCCAGGAGAUGUUUCCUACACCUGUGAGACUGCUGGGCACUUCUACCUUUACCAGGUGAUAUCUCGCUGGGAAGAGUACAUGAGUAAAGUCAGGCCUAAACAGGGAAAGAAAGUGGACGUAGAAGUGGUGGCUGCACAUUUUCCCUUCCACAAGUACUUCUCCAACGCUCCCCAGCCCGUGUUCAAAGGCCGCUCAUAUGAAGAGGACAUGGACAUCGCAGAGGGAUGCUACCGCCACAUCAAGAAAAUAUUUACCCAGCUGGAGGAGUUCAGGGCCUUUGAGCUGCUGAGGAGUGGACUGGACCGCUCCAAAUAUCUGCUGGUGAAGGAAGCCAAAAUCAUUGCCAUGACCUGUACACAUGCUGCACUCAAGCGUCAUGACCUAGUGGAGCUGGGAUUUAAGUAUGACAACAUCCUGAUGGAAGAAGCUGCUCAAAUUCUGGAGAUCGAGACCUUCAUCCCCCUCCUGUUACAGAACCCAGAAGAUGGCUACAGCAGGCUGAAGCGUUGGAUCAUGAUUGGAGACCACCAUCAGUUGCCCCCUGUUAUUAAGAACAUGGCCUUCCAGAAGUACUCCAACAUGGAGCAGUCUCUCUUCACCAGAUUUGUGCGCCUGGGAGUGCCCACCAUAGAUCUGGAUGCACAGGGCCGUGCACGAGCAAGCCUGUGUAACCUGUACAACUGGCGUUACAAACACCUGGGUAACCUGCCCCAUGUGCAGCAACUGCCAGAGUUCCAGGUCCCCAACCCUGGCCUGACCUUUGACUUCCAGCUGGUUAAUGUGGAGGACUUUAAUGGAGUGGGAGAAUCCGAGCCCAGCCCUUACUUCUACCAGAACCUGGCAGAAGCUGAGUACUGUGUGGCUCUGUACAUGUACAUGCGUCUGCUGGGCUACCCUGCAGACCGCAUCAGCAUCCUCACCACCUACAAUGGGCAGAAACAUCUGAUCAGAGACGUCAUCAACCAGAGAUGUGCCGGAAAUCCAUUCUUUAGUCAGCCAAACAAGGUGACUACAGUAGACAGGUUCCAGGGUCAGCAGAAUGACUACAUCAUCCUCUCACUGGUCCGCACCAAAGCCGUGGGACAUCUGAGGGACGUGAGGCGUCUGGUGGUCGCCAUGUCGAGAGCCAGGCUGGGUCUGUACAUCUUUGCGCGGGUGUCGCUGUUCCAGAACUGCUUCGAGCUCCAGCCUGCCUUCAACCAGCUCACUGCCAGGCCUCUGCAGCUGCACAUCAGACCACACGAGUACUAUAGCCAGGAGCAGCCCAGAGAUGCUUCUGGACAGCCCGAUCAGAUCAUUAAGGACAUGCCUGAGAUGGCCACCCUGGUGUACAACAUGUACAUGCACAUCAUCAAGACCUCCCAGACGUACAGACAGCAACAACAACAGAGGCUGGCUCUGCCUCCUCAACAAGCAAAGAAAGAUGUUGCACUGGAGAAAGCACCAUCCAGCUCUGGGGAUGUGCAGGAAGAAACCCCCAUGGAGCAGGAAGCUCAAGAAGGAAGCAAAAACUCAGAGCCAAUGUCUGAGGACAGCAAAGAGGAACCAGAGAGCCAAGACACAGAGGAGCACGCUAAGAUGCCGGAGCAUCCUGGCAGAGACAGCGACAGCGAUGGGGAGGACAGUGGAGAGGAAAAGUAGGGUCUAGAUAUGGGACAGGGACCAAGAUGAAUGUCCCUUAGACAGAUUAAUGUGAAGUCAGUGAAUUUUUCUAGAUGAUUUGUAUGUUGUAACCAUCAGUCCUUUUUUUAUUAAAAUGUAAAUCCUC